UAGACAACUAUUAACAACUUCAGAUGCCGCUUUGUAUCCAAAUAUCCACUACUUUAUAAUUCCACUUUUCGUCGUCCGUUACGCAAUGCGUCCUGUUUACAUCCGUGCAUUUGUGGCAUUCGCACUUACCACAAAUGUUCCUGGCCACUUCGAAUCACACCAACACCCACUACGACCUCCACACCGUCCAAUCACCAUCGCUGAGCCCAAGAGGGUGGCAAUCAUCGGAGCGGGAAUUGCAGGCGCGUCCGUGGCUUACCAAUUGCACAAUGAGUACACCCAUCUCGUGCCGAUGGAGGUCGUCGUGUUCGAGGCGGAUGAACAGAUUGGGGGCCUAGUGAACAGCACACCGCUCGACGGUGGGACGCAUGGGGUCUACCGUUUCGUUGAAACUGGAGCCACAAUCUUUCGAGGCGACGACUCCUGUAUGCAGACUGCCGUAGAUAAUGCAGGGCUUCGACGGAAAGUUGCUGAGGUGCCGCGGAGGUAUACCUCCGUCCCCGCCGGGGUUUGGGAUGGGGAGAGCAUUAUAUUAAAGAGAAAGGGAGAUCUCAAAGCCAGGACGAGGAGGGAGCAAAUUCGGGAUAUCUGGUACUACGGUUUGUCGGUGCGCCGGCUGCACGCUAUCGUCGACGAUAAACUGUCACGUUUCCGGGAGCUGUAUUCGGAAAAUUCCUACACCGACGGGGAUCUGCUCGCUGCUAUUCGGCGAGUGGGGCUUGAGGAGGAGAGUAAGACGCCAGCUACUCAGUAUUUGUCCGAUCACCGAAUCUCCUCGUCUUAUAUUCAUGACAUCGUCGAGCCUACGGUUAGAAAACUUUUCGGUCAUGAUAUCAACGAGCUGAAUGCUUUUUCAGUCUUGAUCGCCAUGGAUUUAUCGCCCGCCUUUGAGCUCAUCAGUCGCCCGAGAGGGAUGGCCGAGCUGGUCCUCAGGCUUCUACGCCUUUCAGAAGCCCAGCUCCAGCUGCGCACACGUGUCGCUUCAAUCACAAGGUCAAGCCACGACAGGUUCCAGCUCAAGCUGUCGGACAGCAGCCGCAACGAAGAGAAGGAAGACGAUCAAGAAUUUGAUAUAGUCAUAAUCGCGGCUCACUUGCGAAGAGCGGCGCUGGGUUUCGAUUUCGGUUCAUUCUCGAACGGGGAGUCUCUUCCUGCUUUCGUUGAGCGCCAUGUUACCUAUUUCACAACACCCUUGAAUAUCCGACUAGCUCCCGCAGUAUUCAAUGUCAGCACGUCGGACGAUAUACCAGAUGUUAUCUACACAGCUGCGCAGCGUAAGACCAGGGUGUUCUCCCUUGAAAGUUCGUUCGCCCCUACCGUCCUAGAGGGCGACGUCGUCUACGGGGAGACUCUGUACAAAAUCACGUCACCGGAAACCAUACCGGACGCAUUCAUCGCCGAGCUGCUAGGACACCCUCUAAGGCCAUUAGCAGAAAUCGGCGUGAAAUGGGUGCACCGCCGCGUCUGGCCGCUUGCUUCUCCGCUAAACGUGGAUGGGCCACAUUUGGACAAUAUCGAGCUUACGAACGGUCUGUUCUAUACGGGCGUAGCUGAAGAGCUACUGCCAACAAUGGAGAUGAACUGUCGUCUUGGCGUCAAAGUCGCCUCGAUGAUCUUCCAGCGGUUGCGCCCCCGCCAGAAUGAGAUGUAUCCAUUUCUCUUCGAGCGCUUCGAACGGAGGAUGGAGGCGCAGUAGGCUGCUGAAUGAGGCUCAGUAUUAUAUUCAUCAUGCUUACAUCUCCUGGAAUUGGUCCAAAUUCUGUCCUAAUGCUCCUCCAUCACUCUUGGCAUGGAAACGGCAGAGUGUGGAGGAUCUCACUCCGUGGCCUCAAAGAAACACGGAAGUGGCUAGACGCCUUAUCGACCGCUGAGGAGCUCCAGAACAUGUAGGGAACUGCCGCCAGGCGACGCAAAUACCAUCGAGGCUCCCCGCGGUAUCAGGGAGAAACGUC